UGUCCUCUGCCAGUGCGCAUGCGCAGUAUUAUCACUAUACCGGCGGAGGCUGAACAGUAGCAGCUUAAACGACGCAGGGAAAAAAUAGAUUUUUUUGACAGCAGGCAACAUCAUGAGUCAGGGGAAGGACAAUGCACGUCUCAAAAGUUAUAAAAACAAAUCACUCAACACAGAUGAGAUGAGGAGGAGGAGGGAGGAAGAAGGCCUGCAACUUCGCAAACAAAAGAAAGAUGAACAACUGUUCAAGCGCAGAAAUGUGGCCACAGUGGAGGAGGAUGGAACACUGGAGGAUGAUGGGAUGUCAGAUAGUGGAUACCUGGAAUCACAGGCCAACAAUAUGGACCAAAUCACAGGAAAUGUUAUUUCUGAGGACAUGAUACAGAUGAUCUUCUCUAGCUCCCCAGAACAACAGCUCAUAGGAACACAGCGCUUCAGAAAACUCUUAUCUAAAGAGCCUAAUCCCCCUAUUGAUGAGGUCAUUGCCACCCACGGUGUCGUGGAGCGAUUUGUUGAGUUCCUGAAAAGAAGAGAGAACUGCACGCUACAGUUUGAAGCAGCGUGGGUUCUGACUAACAUCGCAUCAGGAACAUCCCACCAGACACGUGUGGUCAUUCAGGCUGGGGCGGUGCCCAUUUUCAUUGAGAUGCUCGGCUCUGAAUUCGAGGAUGUACAAGAACAGGCGGUGUGGGCUUUAGGCAAUAUCGCAGGGGACAGCACUGAAUGCAGAGAUUAUGUUCUGGACUGCAAUAUUCUACCCUCUCUUGUACAGUUAUUGGCUAAACAAAAUCGUCUGACUAUGAUGAGGAAUGCUGUCUGGGCUCUGUCUAACCUGUGCAGAGGGAAAAACCCACCCCCAGAUUUUGCCAAGGUGUCACCGUGUCUCAGCGUUCUGUCCUGGCUGCUCUUUGUGAACGAUACUGACAUUCUGGCUGAUGCAUGCUGGGCUCUUUCUUAUCUGUCCGACGGUCCCAAUGAAAAGAUCCAGGCUGUUAUUGACUCAGGAGUCUGUCGCAGACUAGUGGAGCUGCUGCUACAUGCAGAAUAUAAGGUGGUGUCCCCUGCUCUAAGAGCUGUGGGGAACAUUGUCACAGGAGAUGACCUACAGACUCAGGUGAUUCUUAACUGUUCCGCCCUGCAAAGUCUGCUUCACCUGCUGAGUAGCCCGAAAGAGUCCAUUAAAAAAGAGGCAUGUUGGACCAUCUCCAAUAUCACGGCUGGGAAUCGUGCACAAAUACAGAUGGUGAUGGAUGCAGAUUUGCUCCCCCCGUUGAUAAGUAUUCUGCAAGUAGCUGAGUUCCGCACAAGAAAGGAGGCGGCGUGGGCUAUCACAAACGCCACAUCUGGCGGUUCUGCUGAACAGAUCGGGCAUCUUGUUGAACUUGGUUGCAUCAAGCCCUUAUGUGACCUUCUGACGCUGAUGGAUUCAAAGAUCGUACAGGUGGCCCUAAAUGGCUUGGAGAACAUCCUACGGCUGGGUGAGCUGGAAGCUAAACGAGGAGGAGGAAUCAACCCCUACUGCGCACUCAUUGAAGAGGCAUAUGGGUUGGACAAACUGGAGUUCCUACAGGGUCAUGAGAACCAGGAGAUCUACCAAAAGGCUUUUGACCUGAUCGAACGCUACUUCAGCACAGAUGAUGAAGAUCCGGCUCUGGCGCCUGCUGUUGACCUCCAGCAGCAGCAGUUCCUUUUCCAGCAGUGUGAGGCUCCCAUGGAGGGUUUCCAACUUUAACACUUCCACUCACUCCCUUAUUCUCCAAGCAAUCCACCCUCUAGGGUGAGAGACGCCCCACUGACCCAACAGAGCGAAGGAUUUAACAAAUGAACAUUUCAAUUAGAGUGUGAUUAUACAAGAGCGUGUGUUGCCGGUCAACCCAUUUCCCUCCUCUUGUCCUUCUUCCCUGAUGUCAUUGGCCCGAUCUGGAACGAUGGCGACAUGCAGAAAACAUGACCAGUAGACAUUUACGUAUGACUAAAAUAACCUACUUCCUUCAUUAAACUUUCAUUCAGCCCUUCAAAGCACGCGUAUCCCAUCAGUCCCGAUUCAGGAAAACUGCAUCCAGCGAUGAGUUGAUAGAUGCUGGAAAAGCACAGCUUGUGUGACGUGACUGCAAUAUUGACUCUUCAUCUAUUGUAAAACACUGGACUGACCAUGUGACUGUGUUUGCAUGUCUCCAAACCCCCUCCCCUCCUCCCUCCAAAAAAAAAAAAAGAGUGACGGCCAGUGUACGGCGAAGGACGUCUGCUGAAGGCAAGGCACUUUUACCUUCCCAUUUAACCCAGACAACUCAACGACGGACUAAGGGGUCCAGGCUUUCUGACUGAAAAUGCCAGUCAGACAGUCUUUUUGACACACAUUGAACAUUCCGACAAUGACUGAACUGUACAGGCUCCGCCUCUCCUUUUAGGGUUACACAUUUGCACCUUUUGAAAUUCUGGGAGUUGGAGUCUUCCUGCUCACUGAGACUGCUGGACAGACAUAAAGACAGGUCCUGUAUCCUGUGCAUUACAACCAUUUGAUACUUCAAUGACAAUUUCACAUGAGCAUCAUCUUCAUCAGCACUUUACGUUCAGAACAGACCCUUUGUUUAGAUUCGAACAUCUGUAGUCAGUUUUAGUCCCUCGAAACGCUUCUCAGGAUAUCAAGGUGAAGAGGAAUGGUCCCGUAUCUGCAUUACGGGAUUCAUUUACAGUAAACACUAAGUAUUUAAGAGUGCUGAGAAAACUACCCCUUCAAAGCUUCCACCAUAUUUUAACAAGCUGUCGAAAAAAGGCUUUAGCUUUCCGAUGUUUGUGAGACAAACUUUAAUAUUAACGUCUAAUCAUGGUGAAUGCGCACACACAUUCAGACACAACAUGUGUGACUAGAACUAUAUAAGACAAAAUACAGAGCAGAAAAUUGUUCAGUACUGUUUGGUUUUCUGAUUAUCUUAUUGUAUUUUUGGGGGGUUAGAAUCUCUUGAUACCGAAGGUGCCAUAAUCCUCAUUUUAAGAAAUGGAGGAUUACACGUUCAGGACUUUAAAGAAGACUAAAAACUUAUCAACGCAUUUAAACUUAAAAUUCAAUGGCUCGAGAUAUGAUUGUUUACUUUGUUUUUCUUAUUUCAUCGUCAGAUUCUUCCCAAGAGAUGACCAGCUCUUUGUUCAAUACUGCUGUUGUAUUGAGAUUGUGUAACUGUUCUCUGUUACGCCAUUUGCAUAAAUGCUGUUUCAUGAA